GUAUUGUGCUCAGACCCUUACGAUCAUUCUCCGAUCUGCAGUCACUUUAGGCAAUUAAAAAAGAUAAAUAUGCCUAUUUUAACCUAUUUUGUUAUUAUAAUUUGUUGAAUUAUUAAAAAUAAAAAUGGGAUGUUGUUACAGUUUUUGUAAAGAAGACACUGGUACACAGAGUGAUGUAAAUGAAAGGACUCACUUAUUAGUGGAUCCAGUUAGCAGUAAUGCUAAUAUUCCUCGAGUUCACAGUGAUGUUUACGUUAAUGAAUACACGAGUUCUAUUCCAAAGAAAACUGACGAGCAAAGUGCAUUAAACAGAAUACUUCAUGAAACAGCAGCAAAUAUAAUCGAUGUUGGUGCUUUGGAUUCUCAUAAUUUGGAGCAACAUGAAGUUAUUGAGAGAUCUAGAGCUUAUGCAAAACGAUUAGAAGCUAUUGGUGUCAAAGUUCCCGAACAGACUCCAAGUAUGUUAAAAGAUAUUCCUGCUUUAGAAAAAGUUCUCACAUCUGAAUCUCUUACCACUACGGACAAGGAAUUAAUAACCGACUUGCUCAAGAAGGCUGUGUUAGCUUUGAAAGAUAUUAAAGUGGAACAUAAAGAGGAUUUAGUUGUACCAUUUCUUUCGUGAUUUAUAAAAUAAAUUUAGCAAUAAAACUACCUUAGGAUUUAUAAAACUAUAUUAGCUUUACAGGUUAAGGCUUUUAAUUUGAGUAAAAAUAUUUGAACAAAUUAAGUAAGGUGAAAUUAACAAAAAAUAUUUGUUUCGUGUUUAAAAAAUAUUUAUUUUUUAAUUAUUAGACUCCGUAUUUUCUUUUAUUGCCGUUUUAAUAUACGUGGAAAAUAUUGCAAGCGGCAUUGAAAAUCAUCUUUAAUUGUGAUUAUUCUGU